AUGACAGAGCAGGCAUCCUCCGCUCAUGCUAGACUUGACUCACUUUAUAAUAAGUUCUCCGAGUUGCAGUUCGAUGUGCGGGCUAACUUUCAUAUUCUCGGUGAGCGGUUGAGAGAGUUAAAUGACGAGGAUAUUGGGGAGGAUCAGAUGGAGACGAGUGGGGAGGAGGAGGAUGAUCUCGAUGAUGGGGAGACCUAUCUCGAAAUUAAAACCCUCGCGGUCCCCAAAAUCUCCCUCGCUCCUUUCCAUCCAAUCCUCCUCCUUUGCCUUCUUUCCCCAAUCUGCCUGUAUGCAAGGUCCAUCUCGUCAUCUCCCUUCCUCUUCCAGCCCUGCUUCCUCCUGAUCACCAUCCUCUUCCUCCUCCACGUCUCUGUCAAAAAUCGGGCCCCCCGGCAGCGCGUGCCCCGUCGUCGGCGUCCUCGCCGCCUCCCUCCCCGUCCUUUGCUCCAGAUCCUCUCCGUCUAUUUCUCCAACAUUGUCCCCGCGGAGGCCACGCCCUUCUCGAAUAGUGUCUGGUGGGCUACGUGCGGCGACGCCCUUUCCUUCGUCCUCCUCGUCAACAUCUCUCUCUCUCACACAUCUGCCAUUGCAGAUGGAAGCAUGACCAGUUCCUCCGCUACCUCUCGCAAGGCCAUUACAGCACUUAAGAAAGGUGCAUAUUUGCUGAAGUAUGGACGCAGGGGGAAGCCCAAGUUCUGCUCAUUUCGACUUUCUAAUAUGGGUGAGAAUGGCUAUGGAUCAAUGUCCUCGUAUUUGUCAAAGUUGUAUGGAGGCUACCCUCCACCUUCGACUCUUGACAUGUUGGUGUCAGCAAGGGUAGUGGGCAAAGGAAUUUGUGUAUGCCCUUCUCUUGUUUUUUCUACUAUUCAUGUUGAAAAAUCUCUGUUGAAAUUGUAGAUUGCUAUAUUGUAGUGUUCUCAAACAAUGGUGUAUCAUAUUUCAGAGUGUCUAUCAGUUUGCAAUCCCUAUGGUCUAUGCCUAAGACCAUUAGAUUGUACUCAGAGACUACAAAGAAAUGCUUUAGAAGUUGGAGUCAAA